AUCCCAUAAAGAGUGAAUAUUCUUCUAGAAUAUUCUAGAAUGAAUUAUGCUAGAAUGAAUAACUUAGAUUUGAGGAAUGCAUCCAACAACCGUAUUGAGUGGGCCAUUCAGACAAGGUGAAUUGCACAGUUUACAAAGCUACUCAGUUAACUUGUUCUAACCCAGUUCUCUCUCUGUCUUAUUCUGAACUUCUUGGGAAUUUCCUGACAAUAUCACUUGUAACAGUUUCUUUUCAAUCCACACAGAUCAGUUCCUUUCUUAGUUUUCCCCCAAAUUUCCUAGUCCAAUUGACUUUUUAAAAAUAAGAUUCUGCCUGCAAUUGCUCCUUUUAUUCCCCAACCACCCACUCACCACUCAUCACUUCAGAAAGGGGUGAAUUCAGAGCUGGCUUCAUUCCAGAAUUCUGAAAAAGACACCGGGGACUUUAGAAGAGCAGAAACUUUAUAACCAAGAUUGAGAAGAGGUAACUAAAGAGAAAAGGAAAUAAAAAGCCAUUUCUCCCCCCUCCUAGAAUUGCACGGUUUGAAUCUGACCCAGAGACCCAUCCCUGUCUGCUCCUGGAGAGGGCUCUUGACUUGAAGCUGUCUGAGAACUCGGACCAUCCAACAGCAAGAGAAAGGGUGCUGGGGUGCCCACUGGGGGGAGGAGCUCCUGGGCCCAGCCCUGGAGGCCCCAAGGGCUCAGGGGCCCACUCAGAUUGUGCCAGAGAGCAAGAGAGAGGAACUGGGGUGAGCAAGCAUUGCGGCUUUGUCUGUUUCCUGUUUCAGUAAGGCUGCUGUGCACAAAGAAAGACAGCAUUAAGAAGGGAAAUGCUAAGGGGGCCCAGAGCCACGGACUAAGAGCUUGCACUUCACUUAUCUGCUGUCUUGCUCCUUCUGAGACCAGAGCCAAGAUCUGUCCAGGAGCUGGAAUGCUUUCCUGAGCUGCUUGGGUUGGAGCCUGGGACCUGAGACCCAGGCAGCUAUUCCAGGAACUGGAAGCCAAGCACAGCAGGUGCUCAGGAGGUCAUCAUGAUCAGCCCAGACCCCAGGCUUUCCCCCGGCCGAGGCCGGUGGGCUGAGAGCUACGAGACCAAGUAUGAGCGCCGGCAGGAGACCCGUGAGAGCCGCCGCUGCCGCCCCAACGUGACCACUUGCCGCCAGGUGGGGAAGGCGCUCAGGACCCAGCAGAGAGAGCAGUUCCAGAGGGCACGGCAACAGCAGUUCUUCAGGAGGAGGAACCUGGAGCUGGAGGGGGAAAGCAAGGCCCAGGCCCCCAGGGCCAGGGCGCAAGGUCCCUCCAGGAGGACAGGCCAGGCAGCCGACCCCAGGGAGCCCUUGUCUUGGGCCAACAGGAUCUCUUCCCCCAGACAGCAGGUGUCAGGACCCAUCUCUGAGAUCUUUCCAACAGCGCGUCAUCCUCCCUCGGGCACCUGGAGCAAUCCGGCAGACCACCUCCCCUCCCAGGCUGGAGGCCUUCCAGCGCAGGGCUCGCCCACCAAGAAGCCCCCCAGACACCACCGUGGCACUCAGACAAAGGCAGACGGAACACAGCCAGCAAUUAAGAAUGACGCCAGCCAGCAAACCAAUUAUGGAGUUGCUGUUCUAGAUAAGGAGAUCAUCCAGCUUUCUGAAUACCUCAAAGAAGCCCUGCAUAGAGAGCUAGUUCUAAAACAGAAAAUGGUGAUUCUCCAAGACCUGCUGUCCACCCUGAUACGGGCCUCUGACAGCUCAUGGAAGGGCCAGCUAAAUGAAGACAAACUGAAGGGCAAACUGAGAUCCUUAGAAAACCAGCUGCACACCUGCACCCAGAAAUACUCCCCUUGGGGAAUGAAAAAGGUGCUAUUAGAGAUGGAAGACCAGAAAAACAGCUUUGAGCAGAAGGCCAAGGAGUCACUGCAGAAGGUGCUGGAGGAGAAAAUGAACAUACAGCAGCAACUGCAGAGCACACAGAGGUCCCUGGCUCUGGCAGAGCGUCAGUGUGAAGAGUGGAGGGGCCAGUACGAGUCGCUGAAGGAGGACUGGAGGAACCUGGGAAUAGAGCACAGAGAGCUGGAGAGCCAACUCCACGUGCUCCAGUCCAAGCUCCAGGGAGCAGACAGCAGGGACCUACAGAUGAACCAGGUCCUGCGACUUCUGGAGAGUGAGCACGAGGAACUGCAGGCCAAGAUUGAACGCCUACAGGGGGACAGAGACCUGGGUAGCUCGGACACCCAGCUCCUACAAGGUCAACUAAAGAGGUCAGAAGAGGAGAAACUCGCCCUGGUGACCAAAGUACAAGAGUUGCAGAGUUUGCUUCAGAAUCAAUCCUUUCAGCUUCAAGAACAGGAGAAACUCUUAAAGAAAGAUCAGGCUUUGCCUGUGUGGAAUCCAAAGCCCUCCCAUAACGAAGUGGAGCCUGAGGGUACAGGGAAGGAGAAAGACUGGGAUUUCAGAGACCAGCUGCAAAAGAAGACUUUGUGCCUCCAGGCCAAGGAAAAGGAGUGCAGAGAACUGCAUUCAGAGUUAGACAGCCUCAGUGAGGAGUAUCUUUCCUGCCUGCAUAAGCUGCAGCACUGCCGAGAAGAGCUGAACCAGAGCCGGCAGCCACCUCCCAGAAGGCAAUGUGGCCGAUGGCUCCCUAUGCUGAUGGUGCUGACGGCUAUAGCACUGGCAGUGUUCCUGGCCAACAAGGACAGCCUGAUGAUCUGAAUAAUGUGCGACAGCUGCCUCAGCUGAAAGCAAGGAACUCAAUA